GUCUGACGCAGCGCGCUGGGGGCGGGGCGGAAGUGAGGAGGCGGAGGCGGCGGAAGUGGCUGCGGGUGUGGGGACAAGAUGAAUUCCAGAGGCGCUGCUUCUCUGUUGAAGGAUAGUAUCCCAAUUACUGAAUUUUCAGCUUCAGGACCGUUUGAAGGUCAUGAUCUUCUUCGUAGAGGCUUUACAAGUGUGAAAAGUGAAUUGUUGCCCAGCCACCCACUGGAGUUGUUAGAAAAAAAUUUUCAGUUAAAUCAAGAUAAAACAAACUUUGCCACGCUGAGAAAUAUUCAAGGACUCCAUGCACCUUUAAAGCUGCAGAUGGAAUUCAGAGCAGUGAAACAGGUCCAGCGUCUCCCAUUUCUUCACAGCUCAAACAUGGCACUGGAUACUCUGAGGGGAAAUGAUGAAUGCAUCAGUUUUGAGGAUAUCCUUAAUGAUCCCUCACAGAGUGAGGUUAUGGGAGAACCACACAUGAUGAUGGAAUACAAGCUUGGUUUGUUGUAACAAAAUGUACUCCACAAAACCGUUUUGUGCGUGUCUUUAUACUGCAGAUGAUCUCAAUACACGAUGCUAAGGUGACACUCACAGUGUUAAGCAGUCCUACAGUUAUCAUUUGCCUUCCUUGAGGAAAAGGCACAUUAAAUGUUUAAAGUCUA